CUCAAAGGAUCCUUACCACGGGAGAUUGUCAACUUAACCAAGAUGCAAGUUUUAUAUCUUAACGAAAAUAGGUUUGUUGGUGAAAUACCCAAAGAGAUAAGAAAUCUCGUUGAGUUGGAGAAACUUGGUCUUCAGUUUAAUAGUUUUAGUGGUUCACUUGAUAUGGAGAUGUUCAACAUAUCAGGGAUGAGAGCAAUUGAUCUUUCAGCCAACAAUCUACCAGGGACCAUCCAACCAAACAUAGGUUCUAUCUUACCCAACAUUGAAGAGCUUUAUCUGAGUCGCUUAACCAAUCUCGUUGGGACUAUUCCUUAUUCUAUCUCCAAUUGUUCAAAGCUUACUAAUCUAGAGCUUUCAUACAACAAACUCACAGGAUUGAUUCCCAAUUCUCUUGGAUAUUUGACUCAUCUACGCUUCCUAAACUUGGGGGGAAACAAUUUAACCAGUGAUUCAUUUUUAAGCUUCCUCACUUCCUUAACCAAUUGCAGAAAUUUAACAUCUCUUUAUCUAUCUUUCAACCCUCUAAAUGGCAUGCUUCCAGUCUCCGUAGGGAACUUCUCCAUAUCUCUUGUAAUUUUUUAGCCACUGCUUGCAAGAUCAACGGCCAGAUUCCAAAUGAAGUUGGAAACUUAAGCAGCUUAUUAGACCUUGAUCUUUCUUAUAAUAACUUAAUUGGAUCAAUUCCAUCAUCAACUCAGAACUUGAGUAACCUUCAGCGUAUGCAUUUUGAAUACAACAAACUUACAGGAUUUAUUGGAGAUCAUAUAUGUAAAUUGCAUUAUUUGGGUUUUGAUAGACUUCACUCAAAAUCAACUUUCAGGAUCUAUUCCAAAUUGUUUAGGGAACGUUACCUCCCUUAGAGAGAUAUAUCUGAAAUCCAAUAAAUUGAGUUCCAAUAUACCAACAAGCUUAGGAAAUCUGAAAGAUUUAGUGGUUCUUGACUUAUCAUCAAACAACAUGGUUGGUUCUUUACCUCCGGAAAUUGGAAAUCUAAAAUCUGUGAUACAGAUGGAUUUGUAGAUGAAUCAAUUCUCAAAUGGAAUUCCAAGAGAAAUUGGAGGAUUGCAAAAUCUGGUGCAUCUUUCUUUGAGACACAACAAGUUGCAAGGAUCUAUACCUGACUCAAUGAGCAACAUGGUAGGUUUGGAAUUCCUAGACCUUUCUCAUACUAAUAUAUCAGGAAUCAUUCCUAUGUCUUUGGAGAAACUUCAAUACCUCAAGUAUUUCAAUGUUUCUGACAACAAAUUGCACGGCGAAAUACCCUCGGCGGGUCCUUUCAAGAACGUCUCGAGUCUUUUUUUCAUCAACAAUGAAGCAUUGUGUGGUUCUUCAAGAUUUAGCGUCCCUCCAUGCCCCACUUCAUCAAAGCAUAGGUCAAAUAGGAAAAAAAAUCUUAUGCUGGGAAUUGCACUUGUAUUUGUUCCUAUUACCCUUGUGUUUGUAUGGAUAAGGUAUAGAAGAGGUAAAAGAUCUCCUCAGCAAACUGAUUCAUUGUCUAUGGCAACAACGGAAAGAAUUUCAUACUAUGAACUGCUCCAAGCAACUGAUUCGCUUAGCGAGAGUAAUCUGAUUGGUUCUGGAAGUUUUGGCUCUGUUUAAAAAGGCGUUCUCAGGAGUGGGACUGCCAUUGCAGUUAAAGUGUUCAAUCUGCAACUGGAAGCGGCAUUCAAGAGUUUUGAUACAGAAUGUGAAGUUUUACGCAGCCUUCGCCACAGGAAUCUCGUGAAAGUCAUCACUAGUUGCUCCAACCUUGAUUUUAAGGCUUUAGUGCUCGAGUAUAUGCCUAAUGGAAGUCUUGACAAGUAUUUGUAUUCGCACAACUACUUCCUAGACAUCAGACAGAGACUAAGCAUUAUGAUAGAUGUGGCAUGUGCGUUGGAAUAUUUUCAUCAUGGAUGCUCCUCUCCCGUGAUUCACUGUGAUCUGAAGCCUAGUAACGUCUUGCUGGAUGUGGAUAUGGUUGCCCACCUAAGCGACUUUGGUAUUUCAAAACUGCUUGGUCAAGAUGAGAGUGAUUUAUACACAAAAACCUUAGCAACAUUUGGUUAUAUAGCACGGGGUACAUCUCUUUAUUUUUGCUAAUUUGAACAUUGAUUUUUCCUCUUAUUCUUUUUUUUUCCAAUCAAGAAAGUAUAUUGCAUCUUUUAAUUAAUUGUUUGACUGUAGAGUAUGGGCUGGAUGGACUAGUGUCAAUAGAAUGUGACAGGUAUCCGAGAUUUC